AUGAAAUUGAAAGUGUUGAGCAAAACUGGAAUCUUUGUACCAGAGAUGUUGAAGUUUGAGAUCCUCUCCAAACUUCCUGUUAAAUCCUUGACACGUUUCAAGUUAGUUUGCAGGGAUUGGUCUUCAUCUUUUCAUACCAAACUUUUUAUUACAAAACAUCAUCAGAACAACCUCAGAAACAACCACCUUAAUCUCCUCCUCAAACGUAGUCAUGGUAACACCCAUGAUGACAUCUAUUAUUUCUCUCAGCUUUCGACUGAGAAAGGUCAAAACUUUUCGGUAAAUCAUAACAUUCGCUUACCCUUUUUCGAGAAUAAUUUUUAUGCUCCUCUAAUUUAUGGUCCUUGUAAUGGAUUGUUGUGUUUACAUGAAUUUGCUAAGGUUGCUCUUUGGAACCCAUCAACUAGAGAGUUGAAAACCCUUUCUCAAUCCUCAGUCCAACGCCCUCCUAAUCUUGGUUACACCGCUUUUGGCCUUUGCUUUGGUUUUGGAUACGAUCCUCAAACUGAUGAUUACAAAAUUGUAAGAUUCGUUGUUAAUUAUGUUGUAGAUGAUGGAUAUGAAGAUAGUACGCAAGUUGAGUUAUAUUCACUUAAAAGCGAUUCAAUGACGGAAAUUGUAGUUCCUUACGAGGGUCCUUAUGGCGGUGUUGUGUUUAAUACAUACGUAAAUGAGUUUUAUUAUUGGCAGGCACUAGGGGAUUCCGGUGAGCUUGUUCUUGCAUUUGAUAUGGCUGAUGAAAAGUUUUCAACUUUACCUAUGACUGAAUUUUUUUCCGGUGAGCUUGUUUAA